AUGGCACGACGCUCUGUAACAUGGAAGCGUGGCCUGCUUCUGUCUACAGUCGCCCUCUUUGCCGUCUCGGCCGUUGCGCAAACCACGGCUGAUGCUACAACUGGCGCGGCCACAACCACUGCCGCAACUACAACGGCGGCCGCUGCCACGACGACGACUGCUGCCGCCACAACUGCCACCUCGGAUGACGACUCGACGACUGCCGCUUCGGGAACUACAACAGUACCCAACUUGUCAACCACGUCUGCGGCCACCACCGGCACAGAUGCCACCGUGCCACAGUUGACGGAUUCUACGACUUCCACCGCCGCCACCACCUAUAGCUAUGCUGCUCCUACUGUACCAGAUACCAAGAACGCGCCUUUCAUGCAAACAUCGAGUCUCCCCGAGGGAACCGUCUUCAUCGCCGUUGGCUCCAUUCUCGGCGCUUUUGGUAUCGCCAUCCUAAUCUGGCGGGCCGUUGUGGCAUGUCUUUUACACAGAUCGGUUAAGCGCGCUGCGUUGGCUCAGCAUCUGGCCAACGAUAAGAUGGCUAUUCCAGGCCCUACCACUGCUCCCUUUUAUCAGCAAUACAAGGACCACGAAUCCAAAGGCUCCCUGGGUGCCACCGCUGCCGUUGCUGCUGGCCGCGGCGUGCGGCGGACGAACCGUGGCCCGGUACCAUCCUCUACCCCGAGCCAGACGAACCUAUUCUUCUCACCAACGGCGGGCAACGCCGGAAAUGGCGGCAACCGCUCCUCCACCUUCCUGCCUUCGGGCUUCUACGCUGCUAACCAGGGCGCCGGGCAGCAAAGUCAUGGCCAUUCUAUUAGCAUGAGCGACCUCCGUCCCGAGUCGCACGGCUCGCCCGGUCUCACGCCGCACAAUGAACCCACGCGACGCCAUCCCCAGAUGAGCACGAGCACGCUCAACCUCAACCAGGCUCCUAGCGGCCGGGCACCCAGCAUGUUCUUGGACGAUUUGCUCGACGAGAACCCACAACAAUUCCCACCUCCAGGUGGAAACCAUGCUUAUCGCCAAUCGAGAGAGCGCUUCUGA